AAUAUAAUUAUUUUUGGAAUCUAGAAUAAUUUGACGUUUAAUAAUAAACAAAUAAUCUUCGCUUGAUUAGUACAAAAGUCAAUAUUUUGGAUGGCUGAAGACCCAUAUGAGCUUGUAGUAAAAGAUAAGAUGAAGAUGAAAGGAGACUCUAGCAUUAAGAAGAAAAAGAAGAAAGAUAAAAAUCUAUUAGAUCAGGUCUCAAUGGUUGCUGAAUCAGUACCUCAGAAGCCAGAAGAAUCAUCUGAUUCAAAAAGAACCAAAGCUGAAUUAGCUUUUAAAAAGAUGCAAGAAAAAAAUCAAACCAAGAGGAUAUUGGAAAAAGCCUGUAUGACUCAUAAAGAGAGAGUGGAAAAAUUUAACCAACACUUGGACAGCUUAACUGAACACUUUGAUAUACCCAAGGUCUCGUGGACUAAAUAGAAAUUAUAUUUUAUUUAUAAAUAUGGUAUUAAUCUAAUUAUAUUUAUUGUUAAUCUAUUUUUAUUAAAAACUUACUUUUAUUUACAUUAACUUCUUUGGGGAAAACGACAUGCAAUCAAGUAAAUAAAGAA